AGCUGCGCACCAUAGCGGACGAGCAGAGGUAAUUUCCUGCGGGUGUCAUGUGAGCCAAUAACUAGGGCUAAAUAAGAAAACAUGGCUCUCGGGAGGUGUCUAAGGUUUUCUUCAGUCGUCCCGAGACUAUUGUGGAACUAUUCUCAACGUCCUGGUGGUGUUCCUGUCCCACGAGAGCGAAGCUCAGUGUCCACUUUGGUCAACACACGGUCCGCGUCCACUAGUCGACCGUUAUUGCGCGGGUUCUGCACCUCUCCCCCGAGUGCAUGUGUGAGUUAUGACCAGCUGAAACAGAUCCUGGCUGAAGAGAAGGCUGUGGUCAUAGACGUCAGAGAACCUUGGGAACUCCGAGAGUACGGAUUCAUUCCUGGGUCCUUGAACGUUCCAUUGGCACAAGUGAACACCGCACUCCAACUGGGUCCUGAUGAGUUCAAGGAAAAGUACGGCGGGGAAAUGCCACAGCAGUGCGACAUGGUCGUGUUCACCUGUCUGGCUGGGGUCAGAAGCAAAACUGCCGUGGACACGGCCACAUCACUGGGAUACAAAGAUGUGCAGAACUACGCAGGUGGAUGGCAAGACUGGGUGAAGAAUGAACAAAAUAAAUGAUCCUGAUAUGCCAGGAAAUAUGGGGGUAUUUAAAUUAAUAUUUUAGCUGGCAUUAUUGCUCCUGCCAAAAACUGUUCAAAUCAAGGGCUUUGCGCACAAAACCUGUGUAUUUCUAAAUAACUGAACUACUGAAAUAACUGAUUUCUUUUCAUUUAAAAAGUCCUUAUUGCUGCUUACAACAUCCCAUGCAUAGACCAGAUUCAUCUUCACAUUAUCCAGCUCAUAAUGACACCCGAAGAUCCAUUGACAAGUCAGACGAGGUAAUCUAUGCAACAGAUAAAAGCAAACGUGACCUCAGUCAAAUCUGCUUUCUGAUGAUGGUUUAUUGCUGUAUAUGUCUGUGCAAAUGUGGCAAAUUGUAUCCAGUAAUAAAAAUGUU